AUGGAAGAUAUAAUAUUUAUAGGUGAUUGGGUCAAAGAUAGAGUUUUAGGCUCGGGAAGUUUUGGUACAGUUGUACUUUGGAAACACAAAGAAAACGAGGAAAAACUUGCAAUAAAAACUUGUAAAUGGGGUGAUGAACUAACCACUAAACACCGAGAAAGAUGGACCAAGGAAGUAGAAAUGUUACAGACUUGCAAUCACCCAAAUAUAGUUGGAACAAAGACGUUGCCUUCGGAUUUUAUUACUGGCUUAUCGUCUGUAAAUCCAUCAAAAUUGCCUAUACUAUGUAUGGAAUAUUGUGGUGGAGGAGAUCUACGACAAUCAUUAAAUAGCCCCGAUGCGUCAUGCGGAUUAAAAGAAGUCAAAGUUCGUAAAAUAUUAAGUGACAUAGGCAGUGCUAUGCGUUUUCUACAUAGUAAUAAGAUAACUCAUCGAGAUUUAAAGCCAGAAAAUGUUGUUAUUCAUUUCCCCUAUGGAACAAAGGAUGUGACUGAAGACAAAAUUAUAUACAAAAUCAUCGACCUGGGCUAUGCAAAAGAAAUUGAUUCAAAUUCAAUAUGUGCAAGUUUUGUAGGUACACUCCAAUAUCUAGCACCUGAAAUUUUUUACAGUAAAACCUAUAGUAAUUCUGUAGAUUUUUGGUCGCUAGGUUUACUUGCGUUUGAAAUUAUGUGUGGUACUCGUCCAUUUCUACCUUUUAAAACACCUGUCGAGUGGAUGCCUUUUGUAAAAAAAAAACAGCAUGAUAAUAUUUGUGUAUAUGAAACCUUUCAUGGAGACAUUGAAUAUUCUAAUGAGAUUUUUGCUGAAAACCAUAUAUCACAACCAUUUAAGAAACUUAUGGAAGAUUGGUUAAGGGUAGCUCUUGAAUGGGAUCCAAAAUUGAGAGGAAGAGAUGCUCCUUCAAAAGUAACUUUUAAUAUACCAUGUGAAACCAAAGAGGUAGGUAAUUCAAGUAAAGUGAUUAUUUUUGAAAUGCUGCAAAAUAUUUUAUCUAAAAAGAUUAUCAAAAUAUACUCCCUAUCUACAUUAACACAAUUGGCAUAUGACAUUGACUCUUCAACAAAAAUAAUUACCCUUAAGGAAAUGAUCUUUAAAGACACAGACUUACCAGUUGAGGACCAACUAAUUAUAUGUCACACAAAUUAUAUCCAUUUGAAUAAUGAUGAACAAGUUAUUAAGUAUUGGAAUGAAAAUGUGGUUGCUAUGUUGUUUUUGUACAAUAAAAAACAUAUAAUCCAAGAAAAUAACUCUCCUAUUGUUCCUAAAGCUGUUCAGAGAUGUUUGGAACACCCAAAAGCAUUAUAUAAUUUUAAAAAUAGCCAAACUUUGCACCGCAAUGGACUAUACUUUGUAAUUACACAAAUGGAAGUAUAUGAUUUACUCAUCAAUGCCUUGUUUGCUAGAGCAGAGUCUUUAAAACAAGAGGGUAGGCAGCUAUUAUUGAAACAUAAUGAUAUUGACAAACAAAUUGGAAAGCUUUAUGCUAAAAUAGAGAUUAUAAAGACAAUGAUUGAUUCAGGAGAAAAACACAUUACGGGGCUUCAAGAAAAUAACAUGGGAACCAACAUUUUAGGGGGUUUUUCCAAAUUAUUUAAAGAUGGCCAAGAAUUAGCAGAUAAAGUUGAGAUGUUGACAACUGCAUGGGCUCAACUAUCUAUUCGUCUCCAAUCGGCUGCUAGACGAAGUAAUGAAGGUAUAUCUACCGAUCUUAAUAAUUUUGUACCUAGAAAUAACUAUCAAGGAAUAUUUGCCAAUGGAUAUAAAGCAUUUGUUUCACAGAAAAAAAGUGACUUUUAUAACUCUAAUAGGGAAAAAGAAAAACAGUGUCCUGAAAUUGUCAGGGUAUGCUAUGACACCUUAAAAUUGAGAAGCAAAAUUCUACAAGAUAUGCAAAAUCAGCAAUUUCUAUUAAAAUUGAAAGAUUUAUCCAUUGAAUUUGACAAGAUUUCUGAUAUCAUCAUGAAGGUAGAGAAAAAUAUAAAUAGUUUGAGUAAAUAUUUAGCUGAAUUUACAGAAGAAUUUACUAAAUGUAUAUGGUCUACUAUUACUGUAGUAGUUAGAGAUGCUGACAAUAUAUCCGAACUUCCAUAUAGUGUAGUUUCUUAUCAAAAGAAAGACUUUAAAAUAGGACAGCCCGUAACUAAUUAUGGACAACAAAGUAACAUUAAUUACAAUAAUGAUAUUAAGUCUGUUGUAGCUGAAAGCCUGAAGCUUAGACAGAAUCAAACAACAUUAUGUGAAAAGUUGAAUUCUCAAAAAAAUAUAUUACAAAAUUCUGUAUUUGAUUUUAGUUUUUUAAAAGAAAAUUAA